AUGGCCGUCAACGCCUCGGUCGCCUUCGACCUACCUCCACUACCAGCCUACACCCUGUCCGUGCGAGAACCGCUACUUCCGCCGAUUCCCGAUAACGUUCUCUCGCUGAUAUUGCCCAUCAUCGCCUAUUGGGGCCUGUCCAUGGUCUAUCACUUCAUCGACGUCAAUGGAUACUUUGAGGAAUAUCGUCUCCAUACCCCUGCCGAAGUCCUGAAGCGAAACAAAGUUACUCGGUGGGAAGUAGUGCGCGACGUGAUCUUGCAACAGGUCAUCCAGACCGUUGUCGGAUAUGGACUGUCAUGUUUCGAUGCGGCGGAGACGGUGGGCCGUGAGGAGUACGAUGUGGCCGUGUGGGCUAAGCGUCUUCGACUUCUCCAGAGAGCUAUUCCCCCAGCUUUGGGCCUCGUUGGGAUCGACGCGCUGGGCCUGUCCAAGUCCAUCUCCCAGUCCGGACACACGAUGCUCGCUGGCGUGCUGGCAGGCGGUUCCUACCCCGGCGUGGUACAAUCUCUGAUCCUAGAUAGUGGAGUAGAGGUUGUCGCGCCCGCGUUCGCCAGCUGGGAACUGGCGGUGGCUGGCUUCAUCUACUGGUACUUUGUUCCGGCCCUUCAAUUUUUGCUCGCCAUCUCCAUCGUUGAUACUUGGCAAUACUUCUUGCACCGGGCUAUGCACUUGAACCGCUGGCUCUAUGUGGCAUUUCACUCUCGUCACCACCGCCUCUAUGUUCCUUACGCUUUCGGUGCUCUCUACAACCACCCCGUUGAGGGUUUCUUUUUGGAUACCGCUGGUACAGGCGUUGGCUUCCUGGUUUCCGGUAUGACCAACCGCCAGGCCAUGUGGUUCUUCACCUGCUCGACCAUCAAGACCGUUGAUGACCACUGCGGAUACGCCUUCCCCUGGGAUCCUCUGCAGCACUUCACCUCCAACAAUGCCGCCUAUCACGAUAUUCACCAUCAAAGCUGGGGCAUCAAGAGCAACUUUUCCCAACCCUUCUUCACCUUCUGGGACCGCCUCCUCAACACCCAGUGGAAGGGUGAGGUUAAGCUUCGCUACGAGCGGGCCCGAGAGAGCGCCCAAAAGCAAAUGGACAUGGAUGCUGCUCAAGCCAAGGCCGCAGCGCCGGCUGCGCCCAUCAUUGAAGAGCGUGAACAUGAAAAAGUGGUGGUCUCGCCCGAGGGCCCAGCAACCCGGACCCGCCUCCGACGAAAGACCGUGGACAGUCUCAAAGGCCCCAGUCACGCCGUUCCCGGCAGUGUGCUUCACAACUGA